AUGUCUUGCAGGGCAAUUUCUGCUAACCAGGUGACUCUGGGCACCCUGCUGAGCGCUUACGGAAUGGUCACGAAUUGGCUCCAGGCCGUGCAGCUAGUACAUCUCUCCUACCAGUGGCCGGUGUGUCCCGCCACCCUUACAGUGGUCAGCUUCAAUGCAAUGCUUGCCGCCUGCCGUGUGCAGUGGCCUUUGACCCUACACAUGUUGUUCGCGAGUGCGUCUCAGAGGUUGCCACCAGAUGUGGUGUCCUACAACACCGUGGCCUCAAACGCUGGGCCUUGGACAUGGGCCGUGAAGCUGUUGACAUCGGCCAGGGAGGCGUCAGUGCGUUGCAACACCAUUGGAAACAACGCAGUGAUUGCAGCCUGCAGCACAUCUUUUGCUUGGAGGGAAGCUGUGGCGGUUGCAGACACCAUGCAGUUUCGAGGCAUCCAAUGCUCAACGGUGACCUGCAACUCUUUAGGAACUGCCAAUGUGCGCGCCAGUCACUGGCAGAAAGCCUCUGUGGUUCAGGAUUUCAUGCUGGACAGCAAGCUCACACCCGAUGCACUGAGUUUCAACGUGAUUUUGAGCGCCUUGGACCGUGCAGAACAGCCACAGUCUGCCUUGAAUCUGUUGUUCGACAUCAAGAGGCAUCGCCUACAACUGACGCCGAUGUCCUUUGGAAGCGCCAUGAGUGCGUUGAGUCGAGGCACUCGCUGGCGGAAUGCUUUGCAGCUGCUCAGCAUCAUGGCCAGCAGCCAUCUGCCGGCCGCUGCACAGGUGUGCAACUCAGCGCUUCUGGCUUGCAGCCGUUCCUCAUCAUGGCAAUGGACUUUUCAGCUGCACGAAGAGCGGCCAAAUGCUGAUGAAGUUGCAGCAGUCGCAGUGGUGAGUGCCUAUGACGAGGCAGGACGCUGGCAAGACGCCCUGGAACUGCUGCUACGCUGCAGCCGUGAACGACGUCUCAUCAGCAGUGCUGCCCUCCAUGUGUCGGCUUGCAGUGCUUGCACCAGAGGUCGCUGCUGGGAACAGUCGCUGCUGCUUUGGGAGGACAUGAGAUUCAGGGGCUUCGCAGCAGAUGAAGCAGCACAGGGUGCCUUGCUGCAGUCGCUCUCAGCAGCCAACCUGGGACUCUGGGCGAGUUCCUUGAGACACGUGGCAGGCAGUCAGCUUGUGGAGACGGGUCCCCUCCUUCGCAACUUUGCCAUGGUUCCCUGUGAACAAGUCAGGCAGUGGACGCAUUCCUUGGCGAUGUCAAUGGCUCUGGCUCAGGUUGGUCUACAAGCAGAUGUCAAUACCUUCGGCAUUCUCUUAGGGUCCCUACAGGUGAUACACCAAUGGGUUCGGUCCAUGCUGAUGGUUCAUCAGCUCCGUUUGAGGUGGUGCAUCAAUGAGGUGCAUGCAGGGGCGGCCAUUGCCACCGCUCAGGCCUCGCAGCAUUGGACGUUGGCUUGCGACUUGCUGCUGAAUGCUGGCGGAAUGAGGGUGCACUUCCGCGAGCCUUCGACCGCCUUUGGUGCCGCCUUGGAGGCUUGUUCCGCCUACUGGUGGGUGUCCUUGACGCUAGCGGAGGAGAUGAGCUGCCAGGGGCUCCUGCCCACCUUGCCUUUGCUGGCCGUGAAGAGCGAUGCUUUGGAGAUAGGUAGAUGUUGGCAUCAGCAGGCAGCUGUGUUGGACGUUGCAAGCUCUCAAGGACUUCAAUGUCUGGUCUCAGCAGAAAAUAUGACCGGCUGUUGA